AUGAAGCCACUUCCUCUGGAUCAACUCAGCACCUCUUCUGCACCGAAUAAACCUUGUUCGACGUCGAGGAAAUGGAAUGGCACUGUACUUGAUCCUUCGGCCACGAAUGAGUUCCUUGUCUUCUCUUCGCCCAUGUCUCCCAGCUAUGGCACCUACUCGUUAUAUGGUCCUGCAAUUCGAGGCCUGAAUGCCAGUGAGGUCAGCUCCGUUACUCUAUCUCUCGAAACCGAUUCCGUUGAACUGCCGCUGCCUAAAUUGUGCCUGAUGACGGCAGGCUCCGUUGGAGGAAGCAUCGGCCCAGAAAUUAUCCGUUUUAUCAUUGCCUGGAACGUGAUCCAAGCCGUCGCAUUGGGCAUCCUCUCUGCUAUCAUCCUAACGGUUUUAUUCUCCCCCAUUCGCCGUUCUGCAACGUGGAUACUGUUUGUCUCGUCAGGAAUCGUCACUGCGGCGAGUUAUCUGCUUCUCGUGAUGCGCCAAGUAGGGCCAGAUCCUCCACGUACCCUCUGCGUCAUACAAGCCAUGCUUGUGUAUGCAUGCCCACCAUUCAAUGCUGUUUGCGCGUUUUCGUUCAUGUUGCAGCUACUUGUUGAUAAGAUCGCUCAAGCACUCAGAAACCGCAUCCUCGACAACAGAUUCACCCGUGGCAACUCGAUUUUGGUUCUGGCUGCCCCUUUCGUCGUUUUUGGUGCUAUACCCCUCGAGGUUUCCUUAUUCACCUCCACGACCCGUCUAGUCUCACCAGAGAUCUAA